AUGCGCUUAAGUGGAGAACAACACUAUCAAAGGUUCUUAAGAAGUGCUUCUGCUAGAAAAAGUUCAACUAAGAAGAGUCGAAUGUUCAAUCUGAUUGAGUACGGAGCGGACCCGAGCGGGACGCUGGAUAGUAGUGAAGCUAUUCUAAAAGCCGUAGAGGAUGCGUUUAAAGUGCAGAGCGCGAGCGGCAUGUUGUGGGGGGUCAAUAACUUGGGCGGCGUGGUGAUUGAUCUGCACGGUGGCUACUACAAGAUCGGCAAGCCGAUCCGAUUCCCGAGCGGCGGCGGGAAUUUGGUGUUUCAAGGAGGCACGAUAAAAGCAUCAGAUAACUUCCCCAGCACCGGCUACCUCGUCGAGCUCCACUCCCCGCAAUCCUCCCACCGCCUUUCGCGCCACAAUUCGCACUCUGCCAACCGCACCGCCGUCCACGCCUCCAACCUCGGCAUCUACUACGAGGACAUCACCUUCCGCGACGUCCUCUUCGAUGCCAAUUUCCGCGGCGGCGGCCUCCUGGUCGUCGACUCGGCCCGCACGCGCGUCACGAACUGCUUCUUCACGCAUUUCCUCACCGACGGCAUCCUCGUCGAGGGCGGCCACGAGACGUUCGUCUCGGACUGCUUCCUGGGGCAGCACCUCACCGUCGGGGGCGAUCCCCGGGAGCGGAACUUCUCUGGUACCGCGAUAAACCUCGCUAGCAACGAUAACGCCGUAACCGACGUCGCGAUUUUCUCCGCGGCCGUCGGGGUCCUCCUCCGCGGACAGGCCAACAUCCUCACCGGCGUCCACUGCUACAACAAGGCCACCUACUGGGGCGGCGUCGGCAUCCUCGUGCGCCUCCCGGGUUCAAGUCAAACCAGGCUCGACAAUUGUUAUAUGGACUAUACAGGUAUCGUUCUGGAGGAUCCAUUCCAAGUAAUCAUAACCAACGCAUUCUUUUUGGGUGACGCGUACAUCACACUCAAGUCCAUCAAGGGCGAGAUCUCGGGUCUGAACAUCGUCGACAACACGUUCACCGGGUCAUCGAACAGUCCAAUUGUCAAACUCGACCACUCCGAGAAACCGUUCACGCACAUUGACCAGGUCGUCGUCGACCGCAACAGCGUGCGGGGGAUGGCCCUGAAGUCGACGGUCGGGAGGUUGACCGUAGCGGGGAAGGGGAGCCAGUGGACCGCCGACUUCUCGGGGCUGCUGGUGUUUCCGGACCGGAUCACGCACGUGCAGUACGCGCUCCACUCGCGCGACCGACGGAGCAUCCCCGUGCACGCGCUGACGGGCGUGGCAAACAACAAGGUGGUGGUGGAGGCGACGGGGGUGGUCGACGCUGUCGUGUCGGUCGCCGUCGACCAGUACUUGAUGCCCGGGGAGGUCAACCACUUCUAA